AUGAACCCCUGGCCUCUUGACGCCUCGAGCCUCCCGAACCAUGAGAAUGGCGCUUUCCAUCAUGCGACCAUUGACCCCUCUGCCGCUUUCCUUCACGCCUCUCCUACCCCCGACCCUAAUCAGUUCCAGCGCAUGUUCAAUGGUGUACCCAGAAAUGCGUCUCCUGGAUUCGCAAACCCUAACCAGGUAAUACCGUCUAAACGACCGCGGCCAGAAGAUGGGAUUUCGAUGUCGCCGAGACAAGCUCCUGGAGGGCUCUCUUCCCGUUCACAGACACCACAAGUUCCCUAUCCUGGUUACCAAGGCGCCGUAAAUGGAGCUCCUCAGUUCUCCCAUCCAGGGCAGUUUCAACAUCUUCAACAGGGCGCAUCCACGAAUGUUUCGCAAUCUCCGAUAAUGCAGGAUUUUGACCAACAUGGCGCGCAGCGGAUGGGAACAGCAUCUCCAAGUCCCUUUUCGCCAGCCGGGCCUCAUGUCGGAAACCAAAUGUCUCCCGCACAACCCGACCACCCCAGCCGGGUGAAUACCCCUCAAAAUAAUUCAUUUAUGCCUGCCCAACAUUUCUCUCAGGGAAUGGGACCCGGCUUCUCGCCUACCCCCGCAAUGACAUCGGCGUCCGUACAAGCGCCGAUGCAGGCGCAAUUUGGCGGAAUGCCCCCAGGAUAUCAACAGGCACUUGCCGCCCAACAGCAACAACAACGGAUGCAUGCCAUGCAAAUGCAGAAUCAAAACCGCGCUUUGAACCCCGGAAUGGCUGGUCGGCCGAUAGUAGCAGGCAUGAAUGCCAUGGCAAACCCGCAGCAGAUGGCGGCGAUCAGACAGAUGCAACAGACUAUGGCGAAACCUCCCAAUCCCGAGGGCUUCAUGCGAUCCUUGCAGAAGUUUAUGAUGUCAAGAAACUUGCCUUUUGACCCAAAUCCCAUCGUUUCUGGUCGCCCCAUUAACCUUGUGCAGCUAUAUGCGGCUGUUAUGAAGCUUGGAGGCUCAAAGAAGGUUACGGCUGCAAAUAUGUGGCAGGUCAUAGCUCAACAACUUCAGUUCCCUCCCGUGCAGUUUCCCAUGGCUGUUCAGGAGAUUCGAGACCUCUAUCAGCGAACUCUUGCCGCCUACGAACAAGCUUUCCUAAGCAGUCAACAAAAACAAUUCGCGGAUCAGGUUCAGCAGCCCUCAAUACCACGACAGCCCAGUGAUCCGUCCGGCAUGCAACUCCAGUCUCCUGCCGUCAAGCAGACACCUGGAUUCGACGGUUCCCAACAGUUAGGGCAUCCUUCCCCUGCUACUACGUCAACACCGAACAACGCUCAUCAAGGCCCUGCCAACGGCUUCGCGACACCAACGCAAGUCAAGACACAAAAUAAACAACAGCAGGGCCAACAUCGCCUCAGCGUCUCUCGUCUAUCCCAACCCCCAAGUACUCCUCAUGACCUUAAUGGUCAAUUAUCAACACAGUCGCCCGCUGCGUCGGAAAAAGGGCCAGGGUCUAUCGUCGGUAAGCCGGCCGAUGAGACCGAUCAAUCACAUAACCGGCCUCUUGGGCGGCCGAUACAGGAUACCUUCAAGCCAAUGGUAAUCUCGGAGCAUAAGCUCCAUGGCCCUAUCGCUGUCGGAGAGAUGUACCAGCUUGGAGAAGAAAUCGCAAGGUUAAAACCUAAUGUACCGUCGUUUGCUGAGCUUGGUGUUAUUGACAUCCACGCCUUGACCAUGGGUAUCAAAUCUGGUAUUCAUGCAGAGAUGCGAGUGGCAUUAGACUCGCUUGUUUCACUUUCUGCUGAGCCCGCUGUGCAGAUAUUGCUCGAUAACUGCGAUGACUUGGUUGAUAGCUUAAUAGAUUGCGCGGAGGACCAAGCCGAACUACUUGCAGAGCAUGCACCAGAAGUUUCCGAUAUGAUGCUACUACCAUCUUACGAAGAACUCAAACGCGGCUGUCAGUCCGAGUGGACUUCUCUGGCCCCAGUUGCUGAGUUUGGGAGUACGGAAUACGAGCUGGAUAGGGCCGUCGAUAGGCUCAUCUGUAUUACCACCAUUAUACGCAAUUUCUCUUUCGUUGAGCAGAAUUUCGACAUACUUUCAACGCCUCCUGUGGUUGAAUUCUUUUCAACGAUCAUCCGUUACCUUGGCACAAGAAACAUGCUCCUUCGGACACAUCAGAACACGCUGGAUUUCAUGAAAGACACCCUAAUUUACCUGAGUAACGUUGGCGGUGCCAUCAAUCUACCAAGUAAAGAGGAAGCGCUCUGUCUUCUACACUUUCUUCUGUCCUUUGCUCCAUUCCCGGCCCCAACUAUGUCAUCGGAUGGUGUUAUGUUCACGGCUUACAAUCCGUCGGUACACAAAUAUACACCAGCCGCUGUUGAUAGUCUGGCUAAACUUCUGGCACGAGAUGAACCAAAUCGGACUUUCUUCCGGACUAUAUUUUCUAGCGACGGGGCUUCCACCGCUCAACAAGAGCUUCUGACCCGCGCAUUUGGUCUUGCGAUUUGCCCUGUUCCCAACCAGCCUAGGAAACCUUUUGCAAUCGCGGAUAUUCGCAAAGUGUUUCUAAUGCAGGGGCUUUUAGCUGCAGAUAUUCUGGCAGGAUUUGCUGAAGGGUCGACCGCCAAAUCUUGGCUAGAGUCUGUGGAUGGUUUUGCCAUUCAUCUGCUUCGCCUCUCAUGUCUUUUGAGCACAGAACGUGUCCCUCCACCGCUCCACAACGUCCGUCAAACGCACGCUGUGAGGGCGCAGGCUGAAGAGGCUGAAGUCUACGGUUCAAUCAUCAAUCGGGGACUAGCAAUUCUUCGGCGUCUAGCUGAGAAAUCGAAAUAUGCCGAUACAGACUCAGCUCUGCGGUUUCCGUCCGGAAUUCUUCCCAAGAAGGAAAGCUUACUUGGCGCAUUGCUGAUGCCAAACGUCGAUCCUGGUGUCGUCCGGCAAUUGAUAACGUAUGCACGGCUCGCCGAAUGAUGAACCAGAUGAACCGCGUCCUUCCUUUUUUGGUCUACUUUCUAGCGAUGGCAUUGACUACCUCUUGAAAUUCAUUAAGUAACGCUUUCUUCCGUCAUGUCUUCUAUCUAUACAUCUUUCAGUAAACAUUUAUUCUUCAACCGUUUCUCAAUUUUCUCUUCACUUGGUUUGGCGCCGGUGGAAAUGGUACUUCAAUGAGGCGUGAUAAUGUGUAUUCUCCUGUGUUCAUUGCUCUGUACUAUGCUCAAUACCC